AUGGCCUUGGCCCUGCGGGUCUUCAGUCUGCUGGGCUCAGCCUGCUUGGUGUCUGCCAACAUCUUCGAAUAUCAGGUGGAUGCUCAGCCUCUCCGUCCCUGUGAGCUACAGAGAGAAAGUGCCUUUCUGAAGCAGGCAGACUAUGUUCCUCAGUGUGCAGAGGAUGGAAGCUUCCAGUCUGUUCAGUGCACCAAUGACGGCCGCUCCUGCUGGUGUGUGGACACCGACGGCAGGGAAGUGCCUGGCAGCCGGCAGCCUGGGUGGCCCGCAGCGUGUCUGUCCUUCUGCCAGCUGCACAGGCAGCAAAUCUUGCUGAGUGGCUAUAUUAACAGCACAGCCACAUCCUACCUCCCUCAGUGUCAGGAGUCGGGGGAUUACGAGCCUGCGCAGUGUGACCUGCAGCAGGAGCAGUGCUGGUGUGUGGAUGCCGACGGGAUGGAGGUGUAUGGGACCCGCCAGCUGGGGAGGCCAGUGCGAUGUCCGAGGAGCUGUGAGAUAAGAAACCGCCGUCUUCUCCAUGGCGUGGGAGACAAGUCGCCACCCCAGUGUUCUCCAGAUGGAGGGUUUAUGCCCGUGCAGUGCAAGUUCGUCAACACAACAGACAGGAUGAUUUUUGACCUGGUCCACAGCUACAGCAGAUUUCCAGAUGCAUUUGUGACCUUCAGUGCCUUCCGGAGCAGGUUCCCAGAGGUGUCUGGGUAUUGUCACUGUGCUGACAGUCUAGGGCGGGAACUGGCUGAGACAGGUUUGGAGCUGUUACUUGAUGACAUUUAUGACACCAUUUUUGCUGGCCUGGACCUCGCUUCCACCUUCACUGACACCACCCUGUACCGGAUAUUGCAGAGACGGUUCCUAGCAGUUCUACUAGUCAUCUCUGGCAGAUUCCGAUGCCCCACCAAGUGUGAAGUGGAGCGGUUUACAGCAACCAGGUUUGGUCACCCCUUCAUUCCAAGCUGCCACCGAAACGGGGACUACCAGACCAUGCAGUGCCACAAGGAAGGGCUGUGCUGGUGUGCAGACACCCAAGGAAAGGAGAUUCAUGGGACUCGGCAGAAAGGGGAGCCGCCAUCCUGUGCUGAAGACGGAUCCUGCACCUCAGAGAGGAGACGGGCCCUGUCUAGACUCCACUUCGGGCCCUCGGGUCACUUCAGCCAGCACAGCUUGUUCCUGGCUCCCAAGGGAACACAGGUCUCUCGGAGAGCAGCCAGAGCUGCGACCUCCUGCCUUCCUUGGAUCAAGGAGCUCUUUGUGGGCUCCAGGAUUCUCCGCCCAUUGGGAGAGCGGCAGGGUGAACGCUUGGCCUCCCCAGAGAGUCUCCUCAAAGAAGCCAUCGGAGUGAUUUUUCCCUCCCGGGAGCUGGCUCGUCUUGCCCUUCAGUCUACCGCCAACCCAGAGCGACUCCAGCAAAACCUCUUUGGAGGGAAGUUUUUGGUGAAUGUUGGCCAGUUUAACUUGUCUGGAGUCCUUGGCACAAGAGGCACCUUUAACUUCAGUCAAUUUUUCCAACAAUUUGGUCUCCCAGGCUUCCAGAAUGCAGGGGCAUUAAGAGAUCUAACUAAGCCCCUCCCAGUGGGAUUGGAUUUAAAUCCUGCCCCGGAAAUCCCCAAAGCCUCUAAGAAGGUUGUUGCUAUGAAUAAGCCAAUUGUGGGCAGCUUUGGAUUUGAAGUCAAUUUACAAGAUAACCAAAAUGCCCUGGAAGUUCUUGCUUCACUCCUGGAGCUUCCAGAAUUCCUUCUCUUCUUGCAGCAUGCUAUUUCUGUGCCAGAAGACAUAGCAAGGGAUUUGGGUGAUGUGAUAGAAAUGGCGUUCAGCUCCCAGGGCUGCGAGCAGGCACCUGGCAACCUGUUUGUCCCCUCGUGUUCAGCAGAAGGGAGCUAUGAGGAUGUCCAGUGCUUUGCUGGGGACUGCUGGUGUGUGGACUCCCGGGGCAAAGAACUUCCCAGUUCCAGGGUUAGAAGUGGACGGCCACGGUGCCCCACAGAAUGUGAAAAGCAAAGGGCUCACAUGCAAAGACUCUCAAGUAGCCAGCCCGCUGGGUCCAGCUUGUUUGUCCCUUCUUGUUCCAGUGAGGGGCAUUUCCUACCCGUCCAGUGCUUCAACUCAGAGUGCUACUGUGUUGAUGCUGAGGGUCAGGCUAUUCCUGGAACUCGAAGCUUACUUGGAGAACCCAAGCAAUGCCCCACACCCUGUCAGCUGCAGGCUGAGCGAGCCUUCCUUGAGACAAUGCGGGCCUUCACCUCUAAUUCCAGUCUGGCACCCUCCCUCUCCAGCACCUACAUUCCACAGUGCAGUGCCAAUGGGCAGUGGAGACAUGUGCAAUGCGACGGGCCCCCCGAGCAGGCCUUUGAGUGGUAUGAACGAUGGAGGUCUCAGAACAGUGGUGGCCAGGAGCUGACCCCUGCCGAGCUGUUGAUGAAGGUCAUGGGCUACAGAGAAACAGCUUCCAGAAACUUCCAUCUCUUUAUUCAAAGUCUGUAUAAGGCUGGCCAACAAGACAUCUUCCCAGGACUGGCAAGAUACCCUUCUCUCCAAGAUGUCCCACAGGCAGUGUUGGCAGGAAACCUGACCCAGCCUGGGGGGAACAUCUUCCUAGAGCCCUACCUCUUUUGGCAGAUCCUAAAUGGCCAGCUUAGUCGAUACCCAGGGCCCUAUUCAGAUUUUAGCACCCCUUUGGCACACCUCGACCUUCGGAGGUGCUGGUGUGUGGAUGAGGCUGGUCAAGAACUGGAAGGGACCCGGACCGAGCCAAGCAAGGUUCCAGCAUGUCCUGGCUCUUGUGAGGAAGUGCAGCUUCGCGUCUUGCAGUUCAUUAAGGAAACAGAAGAGAUUGUCUUGGCUUCCAACAGUUCUUGGUUCCCUCUGGGAGAGAGUUUCCUAGCAGCCAAAGGAAUCCAGCUGACCAAUGAGGAGCUCGCCCUUCCUCAACUUUCCCCAUCCCGGGAGGCUUUCUCAGAGAAGUUUCUGAGUGGGGGCGAUGACGCCAUUCUUUUGGCAGCUCAGUCUACCUUCGACUUCUAUCAGAGACGUGUUCACUUCCUCCGGGGUGAUUCAGCACCAGCUACAGGAGCAGCCCUUCUGUGGUCCGGCCCCUACGUGCCACAGUGUGACGUGUUUGGAGGUUGGGAGCCCAGGCAGUGCCAUGCCAGGACUGGACACUGCUGGUGUGUGGACAGGAGUGGAGAGUACGUCCCUGGCUCGCUGACUGCCCGCUCCGCACAGGUCCCCCAGUGCCCCACCACCUGUGAGAAAUCUCGAGCCAAUGGGCUGCUUUCCAGCUGGAAACAGGCUGGAUCCCAAGGAAAUCCAUCUCCAAAAGACUUGUUCAUCCCAACCUGCACUGAGACAGGAGAGUUUGCCUGGCUGCAGGCGUCGGAGGCUGGCAUGUGGUGUGUGGACCCGGUCACGGGAGAGGGCAUACCUCCUGGUACAAAUGGCAGCGCCCAGUGCCCAAGCCUCUGUGAAGCGCUCCAGAGUGGAGUCCUCCCCAGAAGAGCUAGCCCAGGCUACACCCCAGCCUGCAGGGCAGAGGACAGCGGCUUUUCCCCGGAGCAAUGUGACCUGGCCCAGGGCAGCUGCUGGUGUGUUCUGGACGGCGGAGAGGAGGUGCCUGGGACCCGUGUGGCUGGGAGCCAGCCAGCCUGUGAGAGCCCACAGUGCACCCUGCCGUUCCGCAUGCCAGAUGUGGCUGGUGGAGUGAUCCUGUGCGAGCGAGCAUCAGGCCCAGGCGGGGCGGCCGUCCAGCAGUGCCAGCUGCGGUGCCGCCAGGGCCACUGGAGUGCCUUCUCGCCUGGGCCGCUGGUGUGCAGCCUCGAGACUAGACGCUGGGAGUCACAGCCGCCUCAGCCCCAGGCCUGCCAGAGGCUCCAGCCAUGGCAGACCCUCCAGACCCAAGGACAGUUCCAGCUCCAGCUCCCACCCGGCAAGAUGUGCAGUGCAGACUAUGCGGGCUUGCUGCCGGCUUUCCAGGUCUUCAUAUUGGACGAGCUCAUGGCCCGUGGCUUCUGCCAGAUCCAGGUGAAGACUUUUGGGACCCCCAUAUCCAUUUCAGUCUGCAAUGACUCCACGGUGCAGGUGGAGUGUCUGACCAGGGAAAGUUUAAGAGUCAAUGUCACGUGGAAAUUGCGGCUGCAGGAUGUCCCACCAGACUCUCUUCCUGAUUUGCUCGACGUUGAGGAGGCCUUAGUGGGCAAAGAUCUCAUUGGACGCUUCAUAGAGCUGAUCCAGAGUGGAGUGUUCCAACUUCAUCUGGAUUCUAAGACGUUCUCAGCAGACACCUCCAUCAGCUUCCUUCAAGGGGACAGCUUUGGCAACUCUCCUAGGACAUGGUUUGGGUGCUUGGAAGGAUUCCACCGAGUCUCAACCACCAGCAAUGCCCGUCAGGACCCACUGGGCUGUGUUAAGUGUCCGGAAGGAAGCUAUUUUCAGGAUGAACUAUGUAUCCCCUGUCCUGUUGGAUUCUACCAAGAACAGGCAGGUGGCUUGUCCUGCAUCCCAUGUCCUGUGGGCAGGACCACCAUUUCCAUAGGAGCUUUCAGCCGGACUCACUGUGUCACAGACUGUCAGAGGAAUGAGGCAGGCCUUCAGUGUGAUCAGGACGGCCGGUACCGAGCCAGCCAGAGGGCUGCGGGCAGUGGGAAGGCCUUCUGCGUGGAUGGCACGGGGCGGAGGCUGCCGUGGUCGGAGACAGAGGCCCUGCUGACUGACUCCGAGUGUCUGAUGAUGCAGAAAUUCGAGAAGGCUCCAGAAUCGAAGGUGGUCUUCAAUGCCGACGUUGCUGUGGUGGUCAAGUCCAAAGUCCCUGCUAACGAGUCCCCGCUCGUGCAGUGCUUGGCAGACUGUGCAUUGGACGAGGCCUGCAGCUUCCUCACAGUGUCCACGGUGGGAACAGAAGUCUCCUGUGAUUUUUAUGCUUGGACAAGUGACAACUUUGCCUGCACAACUUCUGGUCAGGAUAAAGACAUGCUGGGGAACUCGAAGGCCACUGGCUUUGGGGGUCUUAGAUGCCAGGUGAAAGUGAGGAGUCAGGGCUCCCUGGAUGUAUACUUGAAAAAGGGCCAAGAAUUCACCACAACAAGCCAGAAAAGCUUUGAGCAAACUGGUUUCCAAAAUGUGCUCUCCGGAAUGUACCGCUCCGUCGUGUUCUCAGCCCCAGGAGCUGAUCUGACUGACGUUCAUCUCUUCUGUCUUCUUGCUUGUGACCGCGAUUCCUGCUGUGAUGGAUUCAUCCUUGUGCAGGUCCAAGGAGGUCCCAUCAUCUGUGGGUUGCUGAGCUCCCCUGAUGUCCUGCUUUGCAAUAUCAACGACUGGAGGGAUCCCUCUGAAGCCGCGCCUAACGCUACAUGUCCUGGUGUGAUCUAUGACCAGGGGAGCCGCCAGAUGACAUUGCGUCUGGGAGGCCAGGAGUUCAAGGGCCUGACACCCCCGGAGGGAACUCGGAACACCGUUACCAGCUUCCAGCAGGUUUAUCUCUGGAAAGGUUCUGACAUGGGGUCUCGAUCUGAGUCCCUUGGUUGUAGAAGAGACGUGGAACCAAGGCCAGCGCCUCCAACAGAAACAGAUUUGAGAACAGAGCUUUUCUCCCAUGUGGACCUUAACCAGGUCAUUGUCAAUGGAAGCCAAUCCCUGCCCAGACAGCAGCACUGGCUUUUCAAACACCUAUUUUCACCUCAGCAGGCAAACCUGUGGUGCCUGUCUAGCUGUGUCCAGAAGCCCACUUUCUGUCAGCUGGUGGAGAUAGCAGACACUGCACCCUUGUACUUCACCUGCACUCUCUACCCAGAGGCCCAGGUGUGUGACGAUGCCAUGGAGUCCAGUCCCAAGGGCUGCAGACUGAUCCUGCCCCACAGGCCAAAGGCCCUGUUCCGGAAGAAAAUUGUCCUGAAAGAUAGAGUGAAUAACUUUUAUACUCGCCUGCCAUUCCAAAAACUGACGGGGAUUUCCAUUAGAAGUAAAGUGCCAAUGUCGGAAAAAUCCAUUUCCAGUGGCUUCUUCGCAUGUGAACGACUGUGUGACGUGGACCCGUGCUGCACCGGCUUUGGCUUUCUAAAUGUUUCCCAGCUGAAAGGAGGAGAGGUAACAUGCCUGACUCUGAACAGCUUGGGGCUUCAGACAUGUACUGAGGAAAAUGGAGGCGCCUGGCGCAUUUUGGACUGUGGCUCCCCUGACACUGAGGUCCGCACCUAUCCCUUUGGAUGGUACCAGAAACCCAUUGCUCAGAAUGAUGCUCCCAGUUUUUGCCCUUCGGUGGUUCUGCCAUCGCCCGCAGAGACAGUCUCUCUGGAUGUGUGGCAGUCCCUGCCCCUCUCUUCAGUAGUUGUUGAUCCAUCCAUCAGGAACUUCGAUGUUGCCCACAUCAGCACAGCUACCACCAGCAACUUCUCUGCUGCCAGAGACCUCUGUUUGUUAGAAUGUUCCCGUCACCAGGCCUGCCUUGUCACCACUCUGCAGACCCGACCCGGGGCUGUGAGGUGUAUGUUCUAUGCUGAUACCCAGACCUGCACACAUAGCCUGCAGGCCCAGAACUGCCAACUUCUGCUCCGAGAAGAGGCCACCCUCAUCUACCGGAAGCUAAACAUCCCUCAGCUCGGUUUUGGGACAUCUGUACCUUCUGUGACCAUUGCCGCCCACGGCCAGCUGCUGGGUAGGUCCCAGGCCAUCCAAGUGGGCACUUCAUGGAGGCAAGUGGACCAGUUCCUGGGAAUUCCAUAUGCCUCGCCACCUCUGGCGGAGAGCCGCUUUCGGGCACCAGAGCCUGUGAACUGGACCGGGUCCUGGGAUGCCACCACGCCACGGGCCAGCUGCUGGCAGCCAGGCGCCAGAAAGCCCACAUCUCCAAGAAUCAGCGAAGAUUGCUUGUAUCUCAACGUGUUUGUCCCUCAGAACCUGAACCACAUGCCUACCUGUGUGGAUGGGAGUCCCGGUACCCCAGAGGCACCACAUGGCUGUCUUAGCAUUAAGAUGAUCAAACUCCGGGUUGUAAAUUCACAAAGGGUGAAAGGCUUUCCUCUUUCUGAAGGGUCCAGCGAGGUGAGUGGCAACUGGGGGCUACUGGACCAGGUGGCAACCCUGACCUGGGUGCAGACCCACAUCGCGGUGUUCGGUGGGGACCCUCGGCGCGUGGCCCUGGCAGCAGACCGUGGCGGAGCCGAUGUGGCCAGCAUCCACCUUCUAACCACCAGGGCUGCUGACUCCAGACUCUUCCGGAGAGCCGUACUGAUGGGCGGCUCCUCCUUCUCCCCAGCCACUGUCAUCAGCCAGGAGAGGGCUCGGCACCAGGCAGCGGCUUUGGCAGAGGAAGUUGGCUGCUCGACCUUGUCCAUCCAAGAAAUGGUGUCCUGCCUCCGCCAGAAGCCCGCCAACAUCCUCAAUGAUGCCCAGACCAAGCUCCUGGCUGUGAGUGGCCCUUUCCACUACUGGGGUCCUGUGGUCGAUGGCCAGUACCUCCGAGAGGCUCCAGCCAGAGCGCUGCAGAGAUCUCCCCGGGCAAAGGUUGACCUGCUCAUCGGGAGCUCUCAGGAUGAUGGACUCAUCAACAGAGCGAAGGCUGUGAAGCAAUUUGAGGAAAGUCAAGGUCGGACCAGUAGCAAAACCGCCUUCUACCAGGCGCUGCAGAAUUCUCUGGGCGGUGAGGGUGCCGACGCCGGAGUCCAGGCUGCUGCUGCGUGGUACUACUCCCUGGAGCACACCACCGAUGACUAUGCCUCCUUCUCCCGGGCCCUGGAGAAUGCCACCCGGGACUACUUUAUCACCUGCCCUGUGAUCAACAUGGCUAACCACUGGGCAAGGAGGGCCCGAGGAAACGUCUUCAUGUACCAUGUUCCCGAAAGCUAUGGCCACAGCAGCCUGGAAUUGCUGCCAGAUGUUCAGUAUGCCUUCGGGCUUCCCUUCCACCCUGCCUACAAGGGGCAGUUUACUCUGGAGGAGAAAAGUUUGUCAUUGAAAAUCAUGCAGUACUUUUCCAACUUCCUCCGGUCUGGAAAUCCCAACUACCCUCAUGAGUUCUCAAGGAAAGCACCUGAAUUUGCAGCCCUCUGGCCUGACUUUGUCCCCCAUGCCGGUGGAGAGCGCUACAAGGAGUUCAGUGCCCUGCUCCCCAGUCGACAGGGCCUGAAGAAGGCCGACUGCUCCUUCUGGUCCAAGUACAUCCGGUCUCUGAAGGCGCCGGCAGAUGACACUGAGGACCUGCUGUCAGCAGGGCGUGAGGAGGAGGAGAGGCCAGCUGCCUCUGGGCUGAAAGAAGACCUCCCGAGUCCCCCGGAGCCAGGCUCUGAGAGCUACAGCAAGUGACCAGCCCCUGAGAUCUCCACCACCUUGCCGACCCCACCCAGGCUGCCACCCUGGGCACCUUAUUUGCUAAAAUACCCACUAACUUUCAAUAAAGUGUCUACAUUCAGUAAAGUGAAA